CGUGAACAUAAUGAUCAAUGCAACCAUGUUGGGUUCAUUCACUUUGUUGGGAUUUAAGGACAGUUCAGCAAAAUACCGCCUGACCCUGUUUGCUCUAACCCUGCUGUGUUACAUUGUGAUUAUAUUUGUGAAUGUGGCUCUUAUUCUUACAAUCAUACUAGAGGAAAAGCUUCACAAGCCCAUGUACAUCUUCCUGUGUAAUCUGUGUUUUAACAGCCUUUAUGGGACGGCGGCUUUUCACCCUAAAUUUCUCUUCGAUCUGUUGUCCAACACUCAUGUCAUUUCUUACACUGGUUGCCUCCUGCAGGUUUUUUUCAUCUACUCCUAUGCAACAACAGACUUCUCCAUUCUCGCGGUGAUGUCUUACGAUCGGUAUUUGGCCAUCUGCCGCCCUCUGGAGUAUCACUCCAUCAUGACCAAACAACGGGUCGCUUUCUUGGUGUGUUUUUCCAGACUGGUGCCAAUGAUCUGCCAGUCUGUUGUCGUGAUCAUGAGCUCCAAGCUGAUUCUAUGUGGCUUCCAGGUAGAGAAACUAUACUGUGAGAACUGGUCCUUUAUUAAACUUUCAUGUUACUCAACAACGUUAAAUAAUAUAGUUGGAUUUUUUGUCAUAAUUCUGUAUUGUGGCCACGCUCUCUUCAUUUUGUGCUCGUACUUUCAGUUGGUUUCGUUUGCUUUAAGGUACCCAGAACGCAGGAGGAAGUUCCUGCAGACAUGCAUGCCGCAUCUAAUAUGUCUGAUUAACGUCAUCGCCACUCUUCUUUUCGACGUCAUGUACGCUCGAUAUGGGUCGGAGUCGGUGCCGCAGAGUCUGAAGAACUUCAUGGCGAUCCAGUUUCUGAUCAUCCCUCCGAUGCUUAACCCGAUCAUCUAUGGUUUGAAUUUAACUCAAGUUCGCAACAGUUUCUUCAGAUUGUGCAGGUACAAAAAGCAGGUGGAGGGAUGAGGAUGAAGGAUGAGGUCGGCCAUGUCGAUGGAAAUAUUUACCGCAUUUGCAACAUAACUUAUCUGGUUAUCUUUCUGACAUUUCUUUACAUCAUGACUCAAUAUUCUAACAGAUUUUACAAGAACUAACUACAGAAAUGAUUGAAAAUGUUUAUUAUUAGCUAUUUUAAAGGAAA